AUGAAGGUUCUCUCAAAGGAUGAGGAGCAGGCACAUUAUUAUGCUACUAUCAAAGGUGGUUCCAUUGGUGGUCUCAUCGGCACAGGCCUCGGUGCAGUGGGAGUCAUAGCAGCGAGCAGACGAUACCCUUCUUUCCGUGCACUCACCGUCCCUUUCCGGGCCUUCCUAGUCGCCUCGACAGGAACAUUCGUUGCCGUUAUCGCUGCCGACCGCGCUUCCGCAGCCUACGACAUCGAACACACACCAGAAAAGAAGCGCCAAAUCGAGCGUGAGCGUGAACGCGAAGCCCUCCUCGAAUCCAACAAGACUUUGUUCCAGCGGUCGAAAGAAUGGGCAUCGGAGAAUCGCUACCCCCUCUUGUUCGGUUUCUGGGUGGCUUCAAUGGCGGGGUCAUGGCACUUUGUCAACCGCAACCCAUACCUGAGCAGCAGUCAGAAAUUGGUGCAGGCGCGUAUGUACGCACAGGGUGGCACGCUGGCAGCGUUGCUGACCAGUUUUGCUAUCGAGGGGAAUGACGCGGCCAAGGGUAAGGGACGGUGGGAGACGAUUAGAAUUAUCGACCCGAACGACCCCGAGCACAAGAACACGAUUGAGAAGAGGAUUCAUCACGAGAGAUACGCUGGCGAGGACCAGUGGAGGGAAAUGGUCGAAGCUGAAGAGCAACGCCAGGCCGCACGCAAGGCUGCACAAAACGCUGAGCAACAAAAACGCCAAGGCGAGAAGAAAGAUUCCAAGGCAUGA